AUGGCUACGCAUGAACAACUCGAGUCGACCUCCUCCCGACCUCCUCUCGAUCCUACUGUUUCGUCUCACGAGACACCCUCCAAUGCCGCGGCUCCUUCGGCAGGCCAGAAGAGAAGCUCCGAUGAAGCAGGUAUCACCAAGUCCAAAAUCACCAUUGGGACCCGGCGGUCGGCUCUUGCCAUAAUCCAAGCCGAGCAGGUGAAAAAAAUGCUCGAAGAAGCGCAUCCAGAGCUCGAAUAUGAGAUUCGAGCAAUGGCUACAAUGGGAGACAAGAACCAAAUCACACCACUUCAUGAUUUCGGCGCCAAGAGCUUAUGGACGUUUGAACUGGAGGCUCAGCUCCUGGAGGGAAAUUUGGAUCUCAUUGUGCAUUGCCUGAAAGACAUGCCGACACAAUUACCGGCCAAAUGCACUAUUGGCUGUAUUACCAAGAGAGAAGACCCUAGAGAUGCGGUGGUUAUGAAGAAGGGGCUGGAAUAUAAGACGUUGGCGGAUCUGCCGGCUGGAUCAAUUGUUGGCACAAGCAGUGUGCGACGCAGCGCACAAGUCAAGUCGCACUACCCCCAGUUGAAGUUUAAGGAUGUUAGAGGCAAUCUGGGGACGAGAUUAAGCAAGCUUGAUGCAGAGGAUGGGGAAUACUCGUGCCUCAUAUUGGCAGCAGCAGGCUUAUUACGAAUGGAUCUUGGCGGUCGAAUUACACAGUAUUUAGAUUCGAAGACACCUGGGGGUGGCUUAUUAUAUGCUGUUGGUCAAGGAGCCCUUGCAAUCGAAAUUCGAGAAGGCGAUGAAAAAGUGAUCAACAUCUUGAACGCUGUAAUGGAUGAGGACACCAUGUUGGCUGGCCUCGCAGAAAGAAGUCUGAUGCGCACCCUAGAGGGAGGUUGCAGUGUGCCAAUUGGAGUCGAGACGACGUGGAUCGAAAAGGGGAAACUGUUCAUGAAAGCAGUGGUGGUGAGCCUUGAUGGGACGGAGACCGUGGGAGCCGAGAGUUUAGCUGAAGUUCUGGACGCCAAAGAUGCAGAUGAAUUUGGUUGGAAGGUUGCCCAAGAGUUGGUGGAGAAGGGAGCUGCGACGAUACUUAAAGCUAUCAAUCUUAACCGACCACUUAUUGAGGAGGGUAAUGGGGCAUAA